AUGACGUCGAUAUCAUUCGGCGGCAACAAUCAGGGGCUCCAGAUCGGAGAUAACCGUGGCUCGAUCAAUGCAGAAUUCCACCUGCCUCAGGAGCGACCGGAAACUCCUCCUAGCCCUUUAUCGACUGUCCCGUUCACGCGCGAUCCAGACUUUGUCUGCCGUACUAGACUACUUGAUCAAAUUCACGAGAAAAGCGCAGUACCAGGGUCGAGAAUAGCGCUAGUCGGCCUCGGCGGUGUCGGGAAAUCGCAACUUGCCAUCGAAUAUUCCUAUCAGGUCCGAUCCGAAUCGCCGGCAACAUGGGUUUUCUGGGUUCAUGCUAGUAACGAAGCCCGAUUCGAGCAAAGUUUCCGGGAUAUUGCAGACCUGGUGAAAAUCCUGGGUCGUUAG